GCCCCGGGGGAGCGGGCGCCGCGCGAGCUCCCAUUGGCCGCCCUGCCGUCAGCUGCUCCUAUUUUCUGCUGUCGCUUUUGGCGCUCGGCCAUCCAGAAACAAACCACUUCGAUGACUCCUAAUAGUUAUCGCCAGAUGUACUAAUACACAACAAAUCACGGUCCGGGAGAGGGGGAGAGCAAAUGAGUUCCUAUUUCGUGAAUUCCACUUUCCCGGGGAGCCUGCCUGGGGGCCAGGACGCUUUCCUCGGGCAGAUCCCCCUUUACCCGGCGGGUUAUGAUGCUCUCAGGCAUUUUCCGUCUUCGUACGGGGCAAGCAGCCUGCAGGACAAGACUUACACCUCACCUUGUUUCUAUCAACAGUCCAACACCGUCAUUGCUUGCAAUCGGGCUUCCUAUGAGUACGGAGCCUCUUGUUUUUAUUCGGACAAGGAAAUUAGUAGCGCCUCUCCCUCCGGCAGUGGUAAGCAGAGGGGGCCUGGGGAGUAUCUGCACUUUUCUCCCGAUCAACAGUACAAAUCCAGCGGCGUCCAAGCCAAAAUUGUAAAUGACGAAGGCACCGACCGGAAGUACACGAGCCCUGUUUACCCCUGGAUGCAGCGGAUGAACUCCUGUGCUGGUACAGUAUGUGGAACUCAUGGGAGACGAGGGAGGCAAACUUACACCAGAUACCAAACGCUAGAGUUAGAGAAGGAAUUUCAUUUUAACAGAUACUUAACCCGAAGACGACGUAUUGAGAUUGCAAAUGCUCUCUGUCUUACUGAACGCCAGAUUAAAAUAUGGUUUCAAAACAGGCGGAUGAAAUGGAAAAAGGAAAACAAAUUCAUAAAUUCCACACAGCCCAGCAGCGAAGAAACAGAGGAAAAGUCAGGGGAGUAGAACCACGUUUAAUAAAUGCUACUAGGUCUUUCCUUAGUGCUUACUAUUAUUACUAUUUACCUUGUGUUCCUUCUGCUACUAAAAUCCUAUAGGUUUGUCACAGUCUAUUAAUUCUCAAAAGGCUUGGUUAAAAGAUGUACAUUUGCAAUCAUCUGUGACUUUUAAAAUAUAUAUGGAAGCUCUAGCUUUCGAGCUACACGCAUGCAUGUGUAUAACCACUUUCCCAAAGCAUAGAUGGCAUUGUUUAAAGUACUAGAGAAAUGUUCAAGAUUUUAACGUAUUUGAGGUGAGCAUUUGUGUGGGGGUUAAUGUCCCUGGUGUACCUGUGUAAGAAGAGACAAGCGAGUGGGAUUUAUUUUUCUUUCUUUUUUCUUUUUCUUUUUUAAAAAAUUAUUAUUUUAAAAAUUUUAUUUUAAAUUGGAAAUGCUCAUAUUGUAGAAAUACGAUAAGUUUUAUAAAGCCUUGGGGUUAUGUUUUUGCUAACUCCCACUUCACCGAGUUGUCCCAUUAUGCUGUGUUUGGGAGCUUAUUGUGUAUACGGGAGGAAAAAAAAAAAGUUUUCCACAUGUAUGAGGUAUUUGAAUAGCAAAAGAGGGGAAAAAAGAGAAACGUUAUUUUAAAGAAUUCUUGUAUAAACCCAUAGGUAUUAUCUUGCAGUUAAAACGAAGGUGAAUUGCAGGGAGAAUUUUUAAACGCCGCUAAACUGCCUAAUCUGCACUAUUAGUAUUAAAAUAAAAACUUCACACUAAACUUCAGAGGAAGUGAGGGAAGAGGUUUCAUGGAGGGUGAAUUUCUGUGGUUUUGUUGAGCUUACACUGAGAUUUCAAUGAGCUCAGCUCUACACUGAAGGGGUUUUGAAUUAUGAACUACGCUUCUUGGGGCUUGGGUUCAUCUUUAUUUAUUUAUUUAAGUAUCUUCCCUCUUGUUUGUUUUGUUUUGGUAAAAGAAAAGUGUCUGUCGUAGUAACUCGGGGAUCGUCUUCCCCGCUUUUGUGGUAUCUUAACUCACAGUAAUGUUUUUUAGCACUGGAAAAAAAUAAAUAGAUACUCCAAGGGAAAGUAGCUGCCAUAAAAUGCUUUCACUUCGAGUUCUAAGUAAAAGAAGCGUAGCAAAAAUAUUGAUUAAUAUAUACAUUAUAUCUCUCUA